AUGUUUUUGAACAAUGAGAUAUUAGAGGCCAGUAAUCAUAAUAACAAUAACAAUAUUAACAAUAAUAAUAAUGAAGAUAAUAGUAGUACAUUCAUCAACAUACAAAUAAAAUCGAUAUGGGAAUCAUUAAAAUCAUCGACAUCUCAAUAUCAAUCAUUGUCAGCAACAGAGAACAAGAUAUCACAACACUUUGAACAAUUACAUCAAUAUCUUGUAAUUGAAGAACACAAACUAAAGAAACCAAUCUUAAAUGAUAAACAAACUAUUACAAAUCAAAUAGAUAUUAAGAUAAAUCAUUUGAAAUAUUUAGUUAAUAUUAUAAAUAUUAAUUAUAAAUUAAAUAAUAAUAAAUUAUUAAAUAAUAAAAUGGCAAAAGAUAAUAAUAGUAAUAAUAACUAUAAUAGUAAUAGUAAUAAUAGUCAAUCAAUGGUUGAAGAUACAACGUCAAAAUAUUCUCCAACAACUAUAAUGAAAUCAAUAACAUCGAGUUCAACAUUACAAUCAUUCAUUUUAAAUAACAGUCAAAUAUUGUUCAAUGAACAUCAUGAUCCAUUCAAUAUUGAUGAACUUAUCAAACAACACAACAAUGAUUCAUCAUCAUUAUUAUUGGAUAUCAUUCAUAAAUACAACAAUCAAUUCAAUAAAACAACUGAAAUCAAUGAUAAUAAUAAAAAAAAUGAAACCCCGUCAUAUAAAUUAUUAAUCAAACAACUUGAUUUCAAUCAAUUGAAUUCAAUUAUCAGUCAAUCAAUCAAACUAUUAUCAUCAGCAACAACAACAAACAACAAUGAUAAUAAAUCUUCAUAUAUUUUCACAACUAAUAGAUCAGGAGGAGCAACACUUAUCAACACAUCAAACAACAAUUCAAUCGAACAAUUCAAUUUUGAUUAUUAUUUUAGAGGUACAUACCAAUCGAUUGUUUCAAUUGGUGAAUAUAUCUAUGUAUUCGGUGGUUUCAACAAUCCAAACAAAUGGAUGAAAUUCUCGAUUAAAUCGAAAUCGAUUGAACAUAUCGGUGAUAUCGAAGGUAUUGAGGGUGGUAGUUAUAUAUCAGUUUGUUAUGAUGGUCAAGAUCAUAUCUAUUUGUUUAAUGGUUAUGAUCGUAUAAAGAACAGAAUCGAUCGAUUCAAUAUCAAGACAAUGAAAUUCGAAAGAUAUCAUCAAUUACCUGAUGAAUAUGGUGAACAAAUAUCAACAAUGAUCCUCAACGGUUCAUUAUAUUCAAUAACAACCAAAGUAAAUAAGGUGAUUCAAUUUGAUUUGAAAAAUAAAACAAUAUCAACUCAUAAAAUUGAACUUAGCGCUUACUCGGCCUGUCAUGAUAACAAUGGCAAUUUCUACUUAUACCAAGAAGAUAACAAAAAAAUCGUCAAAUACAAUGUUGAAAACAAACAAACAAUCAAUCUCGAUCCUAUUCCUGCCAAAGAAGAUCGUGUUUAUUUGAUGUAUCACCGAGAAUCAUCGACAUCAAGUUUUAUCUAUUCAUUUGGUGGUGUUAAUUUUGGUAAUUACAAAUAUUCAAUCGAAGACAAUCAUUGGGAACCAUUCUUGGAAGAUGAUAAAUUCGAAAGAGAAUGGUGUUCAUCUACUUCAAUAAUAGAUUAA